UUCCGGGGGGGAGCCUCUGUCUUAGCCCCCCCCCCCCGACCCUCCAAGCAGAGGGGGCAUUCCUGGGACCCUUCCCCGCCCUCCUCUGCCCCUGAGGGCUGCCUGCCCCUCUUUCCAAAGGGCUGCCCCUCCCUCGGCUUUCCUGGGGGCACUGCCAGGGGGGCCCCUUCCUUCCCCCCUCCUCCUCCUUUGCCCUCUGUGCCCCACUGAGCCCCCAGCCAAAGGCCUCCCCUGCCCCCCAACUACUAGAAGGCCAGUCUGUGCCUUCGGAGCAGGGAGGGCUCCGUUGGGGGGGGGUCUUGCAGGGUCCUCUUCCUGCCAAGGGGCGCGGGUCGGAGGUCGCCUGUGCCAGCAGCCCAGAGGCCUUGCCCCCCUUUGGGCAGCACUGGGCCAUGAGGGGCUUCUUGGCAGGCCAGAGCUUGGCUGCUCGAGGGGCUGGGGGUGCCAUGACCACUGCCCCCUACAGCCAACCCUAUGCUUCCUCCUCUGAACACCUUCAAGACAGUCUUGGCCCCAGGAGCCAAAGGGCGAAGCAGGCAGGGCACUGAAAGAGGGGCUCCGGUGGGGACUGGCAGGGUCUGAGGGGUCUUUGGGGGCUCAGAGGAGUUGCUACCCAGCUCUGUGAUGCUCCUUAGGAUGCAUGCUUUGCCAGAGUCACAGGCCCACCUUUCAUAGAAUCACAUUAGAGUUGGAAGGGACUGAUCCAGUCCAGCCCCAUUCUGCCAUGCAGGAACUCUCAAUCUAAGCCCCCCACAAUGGCCAUCUGAUCAAGAUGCUGUUAUUUUCAGGGGUGGUUAAGGGGGUCCGGAGGGAUAUAGGUGAGGGCAGGCUCUUCCUUUGACCAAGUGGGCUCCAGGAGCCAAAGAGAUGUAAACUCCAGGCAGUAAAAAAGUAACUUCCCUUGAGAGUCAGGCUGUUUCUGCCCACCAGCCUUUUCCCUGGCAGAGGACACUGAAUGUCUCCAGAAGCCCCUGCUCUGCCGUUCUUGCCUCCGGAUGACCCUGUGUCAGUCCCCUAUCAGCUCUUGCUGAGGGCCUCCAGGUCACUUCCGACUGUGGCCACCCCAAGGCUACCUGGCCAUGGGGUCUUCUGGGGGGUUGCCUUCCCCAGGAGAACAAAGGACCCCCCAGAGGAAUGCAGGUCCAGACGACUGGCCACAGGAGAGGAUGGGUGUCCAUGCCCAGGGCGCUGUGCCCGGGGUGCUGUGCCAGGCGCUGCUGUGGGGGGCCUGGCUGUGUCUGGGGGUGGCAGCCCAGCCUAGCACCCCAGCUCCCUCCAGGCAGAGUACCCCCGGGGUGCCCUCCAGCAAGCUGCAGUUCCGCCUGGCCGGCUACCCCCGCAAGCACAACGAGGGCCGGAUCGAGGUCUUCUACCGCCAGGAGUGGGGCACCAUUUGCGACGACGACUUCUCCCUGGCCAAUGCCCAUGUCCUCUGCCGCCACCUGGGCUUCGUGGGCGCCACCGGCUGGACCCACAGCGCCAAAUACGGCAAAGGUGUUGGACGCAUCUGGCUUGAUAACGUCAACUGCGGCGGGAACGAGAAGAGCCUGGAGGAGUGCCGGUCAAGAGGCUGGGGGAACAGUGACUGCUCCCAUGAGGAGGACGCCGGCGUGGUGUGCAAGGAUGAGCGCAUCCCGGGCUUUGUGGACUCCAACACCAUCGAGACGGAGCAGAACCAGGUGGAGGAGGUCCGCCUGCGUCCAGUGGUGUCCCACGCCAAGCGCCCACUUCCCGUGGCCGAAGGCAUAGUGGAGGUGCGCCACCGCAACGCCUGGGCCCAGGUCUGUGAUGAGAACUGGGACAGCCGGAACAGCCGUGUUGUCUGUGGGAUGCUGGGGUUCCCGGCGGAGAAGAAGGUCAACCGCAACUUCUACAAGCGGUUCAAGCGCAUGGCCAAGGUGGCCCCCCGGGGCCAGAGGAAGGGCAGGAGGAGGAGGAGGCUACCCCCGGCCCCCAAGAAGAGGAUCUACUCCACACGCCAGCAGCACCAGCUGAACUACCGCCUGCACUCGGUCUCCUGCACCGGGAACGAGGUCCACCUCUCUCUGUGCCCCUUUGAGUUCUACAAGGGCAAUGCCACUGGGGCCUGCAAAGGCGGCAUGCCCGCUGUGGUGAGCUGUGUGCCAGGGCCCCUCUUUGCCGCAGGCAGCACCGUCCAGGCCAAGAAGAGGCGACAGCAGCAGCAGCACCAGCGUGUGCGUCUGAAAGGAGGCGCCAAGCUUGGUGAGGGACGAGUCGAGGUGCUGAAAAAUGGCGAGUGGGGCACUGUCUGUGAUGACCGCUGGAACCUGGUUUCUGCCAGCGUGGUUUGCCGAGAGCUGGGCUUUGGCAGCGCCAAGGAGGCCCUGACGGGGGCACGCAUGGGCCAAGGAAUGGGCCAGAUCCACAUGAAUGAGGUGCAGUGCCUUGGCACCGAGAAGUCCCUCUGGAGCUGCCCACACAAGAACAUCACCCAGGAGGGCUGCAAGCACGCGGAGGAUGCCGCUGUCCGCUGCAAUGUCCCUUACAUGGCCUACGAAACAACGAUCCGACUGAGUGGGGGGCGCAGCCGUUUCGAGGGGCGGGUCGAGGUGGUGCUGGGGGCCGUCAGCCACGGUGUCCGCCGCUGGGGCUUGAUUUGCGGAGAUGGCUGGGGCACGCUGGAGGCCAUGGUGGUCUGCCGCCAGCUGGGUCUGGGCUUUGCCAACCACGGCUUGCAAGAAACGUGGUACUGGGAUGCCAGCAAUGUGACUGAGAUGGCUCUGAGUGGCGUGAAGUGUGCCGGGCAUGAGAUGGCACUGACCCACUGCCAGCACCACACCGCUGUCAACUGCCAGAGGACGGGCACCCGCUUUGCUGCUGGCGUCAUCUGCUCCGAGACUGCGUCAGAUCUGCUGCUCCACGCCCCACUGGUGCAAGAGACUGCCUACAUUGAGGAUCGUCCUCUGCACAUGCUCUACUGCGCUGCAGAGGAGAACUGUCUCUCCAGCACUGCCCGCAAUGCCAACUGGCCCUAUGGGCAUCGGCGACUCCUGCGCUUCUCCUCCCAGAUCCACAACAACGGCCGAGCUGACUUUCGGCCAAAGGCUGGCCGACACUCCUGGGUCUGGCACGAAUGCCACGGGCACUACCACAGCAUGGACAUCUUCACUCACUACGACCUCCUGACCCCCAACGGCACCAAGGUAGCUGAAGGACACAAGGCCAGCUUCUGCCUGGAGGACACCGAGUGCGAGGAAGAUGUGGGCAAGCGCUAUGAGUGCGCCAACUUCGGGGAACAGGGCAUCACCGUAGGCUGCUGGGACCUGUAUCGGCACGACAUUGACUGCCAGUGGAUUGACAUCACCGACGUCAAGCCUGGGAACUACAUCCUGCAGGUGGUGAUCAACCCUCGCUACGAAGUGGCCGAGAGCGACUUCACCAACAACGCCAUGAAGUGCAACUGCAAGUACGACGGGCACCGCAUCUGGGUCCACAACUGCCACAUAGGUGAUGCUCUUAGCGAGGAGGCCAACCGGCGCUUCGAACAGUAUCCAGGACAGCUCAACAACCAGAUUGCGUAGCAGAGGAGACCUCGCGCCCCCCCCCCCAAGCCACUGGAAGUGCCCACAUCAGCCGUAGCCCCAAGGAGGGAAGGGCAAGAUGGUGUCAUCUCCUAGGAUUGAGCCCUGAGACGGAGAGCAGCUCAGUAGGCACAACCGGGGCCAAUCCUCCCCACCUAGAGAUGCCUGGAAGGAGUGGGGUGACCGACUGCCACUGACCACCCGCGUAAGGUCUGCUAUUGGACUGCAGAGGCCCCGGCACUCUCCCCAUCUCCCCACAGCUGUGCCUUCCCACUGCCCAGGCAGGAGCCACGGACGGAGGCAGAGUGGCCAAACCAGCCCCGCUGGUGGAAGAGCAGGGGUCACGAGGGCAGGGGCCUCCUUGGAGCUGCAGGCCCUCCACUUGGCAGCUCUCCUAGGAGGGCACCAGCCUGCCCCCUUCUCCCGCUGUCUCUGGUGCUUUGGUUCCUGCCUACCUCUGGACAGGGGUCUGUUCUGUCUCUUAGAUAAAGUUAACUCUCUUGGUCCA